GCACCGGCCGUGGCUCCGGUAGCAGCGAGUUCGAACCCCGCUCCCGCUCCGCUUCGGUUCUCGCUACUUCGGCCCUUGGGCCUCCAAACACCAGUCCCCGGCAGCUCGUUGUGCAUUGCGUUCUCCCCGCCACCAGGAUGCCGGUAACCGAGAAGGAUCUGGCGGAGGACGCGCCUUGGAAGAAGAUACAGCAGAACACGUUCACACGCUGGUGCAACGAGCACCUCAAGUGCGUGAACAAACGCAUCGGCAACCUGCAGACCGACCUGAGCGACGGGCUGCGGCUCAUCGCGCUGCUCGAGGUUCUCAGCCAGAAGCGCAUGUACCGCAAAUACCAUCAGCGGCCCACCUUUCGCCAGAUGCAGCUCGAGAACGUGUCGGUGGCGCUCGAGUUCCUGGACCGUGAGAGCAUCAAGCUCGUGUCCAUCGAUAGCAAAGCCAUUGUGGAUGGGAACCUGAAGCUCAUCUUGGGUCUGGUGUGGACGCUGAUCCUCCACUACUCCAUCUCCAUGCCCGUGUGGGAGGAUGAAGGGGAUGAUGAUGCCAAGAAGCAGACGCCAAAGCAGAGGCUGCUGGGGUGGAUUCAGAACAAGAUCCCCUACUUGCCCAUCACCAACUUUAACCAGAACUGGCAAGAUGGCAAAGCCCUGGGAGCCCUGGUAGACAGCUGUGCUCCAGGUCUGUGCCCAGACUGGGAAUCCUGGGACCCACAGAAGCCUGUAGAUAACGCACGAGAAGCCAUGCAGCAGGCAGAUGACUGGCUGGGUGUCCCACAGGUCAUCACUCCUGAAGAAAUCAUUCACCCAGAUGUGGACGAGCACUCAGUUAUGACUUACCUGUCUCAGUUCCCCAAAGCCAAGCUCAAGCCAGGGGCUCCUCUCAAACCCAAGCUCAACCCGAAGAAAGCCAGGGCCUAUGGCAGAGGAAUCGAGCCCACUGGAAACAUGGUGAAGCAGCCAGCCAAAUUCACUGUGGACACCAUCAGCGCCGGGCAAGGAGACGUGAUGGUGUUUGUUGAGGACCCAGAAGGGAACAAAGAGGAGGCACAAGUGACCCCUGACAGCGACAAGAACAAGACAUACUCUGUGGAGUAUCUGCCCAAGGUCACUGGGCUGCACAAAGUCACAGUCCUCUUUGCAGGACAGCACAUCUCCAAGAGCCCAUUUGAAGUGAAUGUUGACAAGGCCCAGGGAGACGCCAGUAAAGUCACUGCAAAAGGUCCAGGGUUGGAAGCUGUAGGGAACAUCGCCAAUAAGCCCACCUACUUUGACAUCUACACGGCAGGAGCUGGUGUAGGUGACAUUGGUGUGGAGGUGGAAGAUCCCCAGGGGAAGAACACUGUGGAAUUGCUCGUGGAAGACAAAGGAAACCAGGUGUAUCGAUGUGUGUACAAACCCAUGCAGCCCGGCCCCCACGUGGUCAAGGUCUUCUUUGCUGGGGACACUAUUCCUAAGAGUCCCUUCACUGUGCAGGUUGGGGAAGCCUGCAAUCCAAAUGCCUGCCGGGCCAGUGGCCGAGGCCUGCAACCCAAAGGCGUCCGUAUCCGGGAGACUGCAGAUUUCAAGGUUGACACCAAAGCUGCAGGAAGUGGGGAGCUCAGUGUAACCGUGAAGGGUCCUAAGGGUCUGGAGGAGCUGGUGAAGCAGAAAGGCUUUCUGGAUGGGGUCUACGCAUUUGAGUAUUACCCCAGCACCCCGGGGAGAUACAGCAUUGCCAUCACAUGGGGGGGACACCACAUUCCGAAGAGUCCUUUUGAAGUUCAAGUUGGCCCCGAAGCGGGUAUGCAGAAAGUCCGUGCUUGGGGCCCUGGGCUCCAUGGUGGGAUUGUCGGGCGGUCAGCAGACUUCGUGGUGGAAUCCAUUGGCUCUGAAGUGGGGUCUCUGGGGUUUGCCAUUGAAGGCCCCUCUCAGGCAAAGAUUGAGUAUGACGACCAGAAUGAUGGAUCGUGUGACGUCAAAUACUGGCCCAAGGAGCCUGGCGAAUAUGCUGUUCACAUCAUGUGUGACGACGAAGACAUCAAGGAUAGCCCGUACAUGGCCUUCAUCCACCCAGCCACGGGAGACUAUAACCCUGAUCUGGUUCGAGCAUACGGGCCAGGUUUGGAGAAAUCUGGGUGCAUUGUCAGCAACCUGGCCGAGUUCACUGUGGAUCCUAAGGAUGCUGGAAAAGCUCCCUUAAAGAUAUUUGCUCAGGAUGGGGAAGGCCAACCUAUUGACAUCCAGAUGAAGAGCCGGAUGGACGGCACAUAUGCUUGCUCAUACACUCCGGUGAAGGCCAUCAAGCAUACCAUUGCUGUGGUCUGGGGAGGCGUGAACAUCCCGCACAGCCCCUUCAGGGUCAACAUCGGGCAAGGUAGCCAUCCUCAGAAGGUCAAAGUGUUUGGACCAGGUGUGGAGAGAAGUGGUCUGAAGGCAAAUGAACCUACACACUUCACAGUGGACUGUACUGAGGCUGGGGAAGGUGAUGUCAGCGUUGGCAUUAAGUGUGAUGCCCGGGUGUUAAGUGAAGAUGAGGAAGACGUGGAUUUUGACAUUAUUCACAAUGCCAAUGAUACGUUUACAGUCAAAUAUGUGCCUCCUGCUGCUGGGCGAUACACUAUCAAAGUUCUCUUUGCAUCUCAGGAAAUCCCCGCCAGCCCUUUCAGAGUCAAAGUUGACCCUUCCCACGAUGCCAGCAAAGUGAAGGCAGAAGGCCCAGGGCUCAGCAAAGCAGGUGUGGAAAAUGGGAAACCGACCCACUUCACUGUCUAUACCAAGGGGGCCGGGAAAGCCCCGCUCAACGUGCAGUUCAACAGCCCUCUUCCUGGCGAUGCAGUGAAGGAUUUGGAUGUCAUCGAUAACUACGACUACUCCCACACCGUUAAAUAUACACCCACGCAACAGGGCAACAUGCAGGUUCUGGUGACUUACGGGGGCGAUCCCAUCCCUAAAAGCCCUUUCACUGUGGGUGUUGCUGCACCGCUGGAUCUGAGCAAGAUAAAACUCAAUGGGCUGGAAAACAGGGUGGAAGUUGGGAAGGAUCAGGAGUUCACUGUUGAUACCAGGGGGGCAGGAGGCCAGGGGAAGCUGGACGUGACAAUCCUCAGCCCCUCUCGGAAGGUUGUGCCAUGCCUAGUGACACCUGUGACAGGCCGGGAGAGCAGCACGGCCAAGUUCAUCCCUCGGGAGGAGGGGCUGUAUGCCGUAGACGUGACCUACGAUGGACACCCUGUGCCCGGGAGCCCUUACACAGUGGAGGCCUCGCUGCCACCAGAUCCCACCAAGGUGAAGGCGCAUGGUCCUGGCCUCGAAGGUGGUCUUGUGGGCAAGCCUGCUGAGUUCACCAUCGAUACCAAAGGAGCUGGUACCGGAGGUCUGGGCUUAACAGUGGAAGGUCCGUGCGAGGCCAAAAUCGAGUGCUCUGACAAUGGUGACGGGACCUGCUCAGUCUCUUACCUUCCUACAAAACCCGGGGAGUAUUUCGUCAACAUCCUCUUUGAGGAAGUCCACAUACCUGGGUCUCCCUUCAAAGCCGAAAUUGAAAUGCCCUUUGACCCCUCUAAAGUUGUGGCAUCGGGGCCAGGUCUGGAGCAUGGGAAGGUGGGUGAAGCUGGGCUCCUUAGCGUUGACUGUUCAGAAGCGGGACCAGGGGCCCUGGGCCUGGAAGCUGUCUCGGACUCGGGAGCAAAAGCCGAAGUCAGUAUUCAGAACAACAAAGACGGCACCUACGCGGUGACCUACGUGCCCCUGACGGCCGGCAUGUACACAUUGACCAUGAAGUAUGGUGGUGAACUCGUGCCACACUUCCCCGCCCGGGUCAAGGUGGAGCCUGCCGUGGACACCAGCAGGAUCAAAGUCUUUGGACCAGGGAUAGAAGGGAAAGAUGUGUUCCGGGAAGCCACCACCGACUUUACGGUUGACUCUCGGCCGCUGACCCAGGUUGGGGGUGACCACAUCAAGGCCCACAUUGCCAACCCCUCAGGGGCCUCCACCGAGUGCUUUGUCACAGACAAUGCUGAUGGGACCUACGAGGUGGAAUACACACCCUUUGAGAAAGGUCUCCAUGUAGUGGAGGUGACAUAUGAUGAUGUGCCUAUCCCAAACAGUCCCUUCAAGGUGGCUGUCACUGAAGGCUGCCAACCAUCUAGGGUGCAAGCCCAAGGACCUGGAUUGAAAGAGGCCUUCACCAACAAGCCCAAUGUCUUCACUGUGGUUACCAGAGGGGCAGGAAUUGGUGGGCUUGGCAUCACUGUUGAGGGACCAUCAGAGUCAAAGAUAAAUUGCAGAGACAACAAGGAUGGCAGCUGCAGUGCUGAGUACAUUCCUUUCGCUCCGGGGGAUUAUGAUGUUAAUAUCACAUAUGGAGGCGCCCACAUCCCUGGCAGCCCCUUCAGGGUUCCUGUGAAGGAUGUUGUGGACCCCAGCAAGGUCAAGAUUGCCGGCCCUGGGCUGGGCUCAGGCGUCCGAGCCCGUGUCCUGCAGUCCUUCACAGUGGACAGCAGCAAGGCUGGCCUGGCUCCGCUGGAAGUGAGGGUCCUGGGCCCACGAGGCCUGGUGGAGCCAGUGAACGUGGUGGACAAUGGGGAUGGCACACACACAGUAACCUACACCCCAUCUCAGGAGGGACCUUAUAUGGUCUCAGUUAAAUAUGCUGAUGAAGAGAUUCCUCGCAGUCCCUUCAAGGUCAAGGUCCUUCCCACAUAUGAUGCCAGCAAAGUGACCGCCAGUGGCCCCGGCCUUAGUUCCUAUGGUGUGCCUGCCAGUCUACCUGUGGACUUUGCAAUCGAUGCCCGAGAUGCCGGGGAAGGCCUGCUUGCUGUUCAAAUAACGGACCAAGAAGGAAAACCCAAAAGAGCCAUUGUCCAUGACAAUAAAGAUGGCACAUAUGCUGUCACCUACAUCCCCGACAAGACUGGGCGCUAUAUGAUUGGGGUCACCUACGGGGGUGACGACAUCCCACUUUCUCCUUAUCGCAUCCGAGCCACACAGACGGGUGAUGCCAGCAAGUGCCUGGCCACGGGUCCUGGAAUCGCCUCCACUGUGAAAACUGGCGAAGAAGUAGGCUUUGUGGUUGAUGCCAAGACUGCCGGGAAGGGGAAAGUGACCUGCACGGUUCUGACCCCAGAUGGCACUGAGGCCGAGGCCGAUGUCAUCGAGAAUGAAGAUGGAACCUAUGACAUCUUCUACACAGCUGCCAAGCCAGGCACAUAUGUGAUCUAUGUGCGCUUCGGUGGUGUUGAUAUUCCUAACAGCCCCUUCACUGUCAUGGCCACAGAUGGGGAAGUCACAGCUGUGGAGGAGGCACCGGUAAAUGCAUGUCCCCCUGGAUUCAGGCCCUGGGUGACCGAAGAGGCCUAUGUCCCAGUGAGUGACAUGAACGGCCUGGGAUUUAAGCCUUUUGACCUGGUCAUUCCGUUUGCUGUCAGGAAAGGAGAAAUCACUGGGGAGGUCCACAUGCCUUCUGGGAAGACGGCCACACCUGAGAUUGUGGACAACAAGGACGGCACGGUGACUGUUAGAUACGCCCCCACUGAAGUUGGGCUCCACGAGAUGCACAUCAAAUACAUGGGCAGCCACAUCCCUGAGAGCCCACUCCAGUUCUAUGUGAACUACCCCAACAGUGGAAGCGUUUCUGCAUAUGGUCCAGGCCUCGUGUAUGGAGUGGCCAACAAAACUGCCACCUUCACCAUCGUCACAGAGGAUGCAGGAGAAGGUGGUCUGGACUUGGCUAUUGAGGGCCCCUCAAAAGCAGAAAUCAGCUGCAUUGACAAUAAAGAUGGGACAUGCACAGUGACCUACCUGCCCACUCUGCCAGGCGACUACAGCAUUCUGGUCAAGUACAAUGACAAGCACAUCCCUGGCAGCCCCUUCACAGCCAAGAUCACAGAUGACAGCAGGCGGUGCUCCCAGGUGAAGUUGGGCUCGGCCGCUGACUUCCUGCUUGACAUCAGUGAGACUGACCUCAGCAGCCUGACGGCCAGCAUUAAGGCCCCAUCUGGCCGAGAUGAGCCCUGUCUCCUGAAGAGGCUGCCCAACAACCACAUUGGCAUCUCCUUCAUCCCCCGGGAAGUGGGCGAACACCUGGUCAGUAUCAAGAAAAAUGGCAACCACGUGGCCAACAGUCCCGUGUCCAUCAUGGUGGUCCAGUCUGAGAUCGGUGACGCCCGCCGAGCCAAAGUGUAUGGCCGCGGCCUGUCAGAAGGCCGGACUUUCGAGAUGUCUGACUUCAUCGUGGACACAAGAGAUGCAGGUUAUGGUGGCAUAUCCUUGGCAGUGGAAGGCCCCAGCAAAGUAGACAUCCAGACGGAGGACCUGGAAGACGGCACCUGCAAAGUCUCCUACUUCCCCACUGUGCCUGGGGUUUAUAUCGUCUCCACCAAAUUUGCUGAUGAGCACGUGCCUGGGAGCCCAUUUACUGUGAAGAUCAGCGGGGAGGGAAGAGUCAAAGAGAGCAUCACCCGCACCAGUCGGGCCCCGUCUGUGGCCACUGUCGGGAGCAUUUGUGACCUGAACCUGAAAAUCCCAGAAAUCAACAGCAGUGAUAUGUCGGCCCACGUCACCAGCCCCUCUGGCCGUGUGACUGAGGCAGAGAUUGUGCCCAUGGGGAAGAACUCACACUGCGUCCGGUUUGUGCCCCAGGAGAUGGGCGUGCACACGGUCAGCGUCAAGUACCGUGGGCAGCACGUCACUGGCAGCCCCUUCCAGUUCACCGUGGGGCCACUUGGUGAAGGAGGCGCCCACAAGGUGCGGGCAGGAGGCCCUGGCCUGGAGAGGGGAGAAGCGGGAGUCCCAGCUGAAUUCAGCAUUUGGACCCGGGAAGCAGGUGCUGGAGGCCUCUCCAUCGCUGUUGAGGGCCCCAGUAAGGCCGAGAUUACAUUCGAUGACCAUAAAAAUGGGUCGUGCGGUGUGUCUUAUAUUGCCCAAGAGCCUGGUAACUACGAGGUGUCCAUCAAGUUCAAUGAUGAGCACAUUCCGGAAAGCCCCUACCUGGUGCCAGUCAUCGCGCCCUCUGACGACGCCCGCCGCCUCACUGUUAUGAGCCUUCAGGAAUCGGGAUUAAAAGUUAAUCAGCCAGCAUCCUUUGCUAUAAGGUUGAAUGGCGCAAAAGGCAAGAUUGAUGCAAAGGUGCACAGCCCCUCUGGAGCCGUGGAGGAGUGCCACGUGUCUGAGCUGGAGCCAGAUAAGUAUGCUGUUCGCUUCAUCCCUCAUGAGAAUGGUGUUCACACCAUCGAUGUCAAGUUCAAUGGGAGCCACGUGGUUGGAAGCCCCUUCAAAGUGCGCGUUGGGGAGCCCGGACAAGCGGGGAACCCUGCCCUGGUGUCCGCCUACGGCGCAGGACUCGAAGGGGGCACCACAGGUAUCCAGUCGGAAUUCUUUAUUAACACCACCCGAGCAGGUCCGGGGACAUUAUCUGUCACCAUCGAAGGCCCGUCCAAGGUGAAAAUGGAUUGCCAGGAAACACCUGAAGGGUACAAAGUCAUGUACACCCCCAUGGCUCCUGGUAACUACCUGAUCGGCGUCAAAUACGGUGGGCCCAACCACAUUGUGGGCAGUCCCUUCAAGGCCAAGGUGACAGGCCAGCGUCUGGUUAGCCCCGGCUCAGCCAAUGAGACCUCAUCCAUCCUGGUGGAGUCAGUGACCAGGUCUUCUACAGAGACCUGCUAUAGCGCCAUUCCCAAGGCAUCCUCGGACGCCAGCAAGGUGACCUCUAAGGGGGCAGGGCUCUCGAAGGCCUUUGUGGGCCAGAAGAGUUCCUUCCUGGUGGACUGCAGCAAAGCUGGCUCCAAUAUGCUGCUGAUCGGGGUCCAUGGGCCCACCACCCCCUGCGAGGAGGUCUCCAUGAAGCAUGUAGGCAACCAGCAAUACAACGUCACAUACGUCGUCAAGGAGCGGGGCGAUUAUGUGCUGGCUGUGAAGUGGGGGGAGGAACACAUCCCUGGCAGCCCUUUUCAUGUCACAGUGCCUUAAAACAGUUUUCUCACAUCCUGGGGAGAGUUCUUGUGGUUGCUUUUGUUGCUUGUUUGUAAUUCAUUUUAUACAAAGCCCUCCAGCCUGUUUGUGGGGCUGAAACCCCAUCCCUAAAAUAUUGCUAUUCUAAAGUGCCUUCAGAAAUAAGUCCUAGACUGGACUCUUGAGGGAUAUGUUGGAGAAUCUUGAGAAAUGGAAGCUUGUUCAGUGGGCUGAGAAGAUCCCAAGUACACUAGGUGCCAACCAGAACUCUUGGUGGAACAGAUCACCCACUGCAGCAGACAGACCGGGCACACGAUGAGACUGACGUUUCAGAAAAACAAAACUGGUUAGCCUGAGCUGCUGGUUCGCUCCUCAGCAUUUAUGAAACAAGGCUAGGGGAAGGUGGGCAGAGAAAAGGGGGACACCUAGUUUGGUUGUCAUUUAGCAAAGGGGAUGACUUAAAAUCAGCUUAAUCUCUUUCAGUGCCCAUGUUAAUGUAUUUGGCUAUUAGAUCACUAGCGCUGCUUUACUGCUCCUCACUGCCAAUACCACCAUGCUCUGUGGCCUUCUUACGCUUCUCAGAGGGCAGAGUGGAUGUGGUGGCAGCCGGGCCCACAUGUCUCCCAAGUACCUGUACCCUCGCUCUGAUGAUUAUUUCUUGCAGAGUCACCACACGAGACCAUCCCAGCAGUCAUGGUUUGCUUUAGUUUUCCAAGUCCGUUUCAGUCCCUUCCCAGGUCUGAAGAAAUUCUGCAGUGGCAAGCAGUUCCCCACUUGCCAAAGAUUCCUUUUAACCAACACUAGCCCUUGUUUUUAGCACAUGCUCCGGCCUUUCAUCGGCCUGGGGAGUCUUACCAAAAUGUUUAAAGUGACCUCAGGGGGCCCAUGGAUUAGCGCCCUCAUCCCAAGGCCCGUCCCUUGACUUAACACUCCACACCCGCCCCAGCCAGCCUCAUGGCUCACUUUUUCUGGAAAAUAGUGAUCUGUACAGACAGGAAAGAAUGAAACUCCUGCCGAUCUUUGGCCUGAAAGUUGGGAAUGGUGGGGAAGAGGAAGGGCAGCAGCUUAUUGGUGGUCUUUUCACCAUUUAGCAGAAACGGUGAGAGCUGUGUGGUGCAGAAAUACAGAAAUGAGGUGUAGGGAAUUUUGCCUGCCUUCUGCAGACCUGAGCUGGCUUUGGAAUGAGGUUAAAGCGUCAGGGACGUUGCCUGAGCCCAAAUGUGUAGUGUGGUCUGGGCAGGCGGACCUUUAGGGUUUGCUGUUUAGUCCUGAGGAAGUGGCCACUGUUGUGGCGGGUGUAGCAUCUGGGGCGAGUGUUGGGGGUAAAAGCCCACCCUCCAGAAACUGGAGCAGCCCGAAGCCUGAUGUGAAAGGACCACGGGUAUUGUAAGCUGGGACAUGGAAGCCAAACUGGAAUCAAACACCGACUGUAAAUUGUAUCUUAUAACUUAUUAAAUAAAACAUUUGCUCCGUAAA